UUGUCAAGGUCAUUCAAGUGGACGAGCCAAAAUUCAACAGUUUAUAAUCUAGUGUUUAUCUUAUUCCAAAUGAGUGGGUCUACAAUCAACACAGUGAGUGUGUUCUUAGGGGGUGCAGUUGUAGGGUUAACACUAUCUGGUGCUACCCUAUGGUAUCUCCAUAGAGACAAGAGAGGCACUAAAUCAGAGUCAACCUACAAAUCUGAAGAAAAUGCAGCCCAAGAUUCGAGACAGAUGGAACGGGAAUUAUCUCAGCUGUAUCAAUCUUCCCUGAUGUCUACCCCAGGGGGUAGAGCUCGGCUGGCAACCAGUUCUGGGGGUAGAGCACGUCAUGGUUCCAGCAUGUUCCUUGUUAAUGACACAGUUUUGUCCGAUUCAAAUCGAGAUCAACCCAGCCCAGAGCAGCAGUCCAUGCUAGACCUGUUGUACAAUAUAGCAGCUGACCAAGCGAAUAGAGAUGGGUGUGUGCACAGAGGAAUCACUUGUAGUCUGUGUGGACAGAGUCCCUUAUGUGGAGUCAGAUAUAAGUGUGGGUCCUGUACAGACUAUGAUGUAUGUGAGUGCUGUGAAGUGAAGGACCUGCACAACAGAACUCACACUUUUAUCAAGAUUUACAUUCCAGUUCCGCCACUUGCCAACUCAAGAAUGCCAUUAUACAAGCCUAUGUACCCAGGAAAAGAAAGAAAUACAGAUAUACUCUCGUGGGAACAAAUAUGUGCAUUUAAAAAUGAAACAUACUUUGACCAAUGUGAAAUUGAAGCUAUCCAUGAGGAGUACAAGAGUCUCUGCACAACAAAGGAGGGGAUUACUAGAGAGGUGUUCAACUUGUGCUUAGGACCACUCGCAUUAGAUAGCAAUCUAGUCAUUGAUAGGUUAUUUAAGUUCUAUGACAGAGAUGGUGAUAGGGUGAUCAGUCUUCAUGAGAUGAUGAUGGGACUGUCAAUCAUGGCAAAGGGUAGCUUGGUGGAGAAGAUACCAUAUGCAUUUCAAGGCUAUGACUUGGAGAACAAGAACUCACUUAGUAAAGAAAACGUGUCUAAAAUGUUCAAGGCAUAUUUCCAUGUAACCAUAGAACUAGUGCGGGAUGUUGUAAAAGCUUGCGAAGAAGAAAUGAUGUCAAACUUUGAUGAUAACGAUGGCAAGCCAGUGUCUGCAUUAUUUAGUGCACCUAUACCUAGUGGCAGUAUUAGUGCUGGGAACAACAAGGCUCCUUUGCCUAUCAAUCCUGGUGGAAGUGAGUCAAUGUAUCCUGUGAUGGAGGCGAUGUCCCAGGAUGCAGUAGCAGAAAUGGUGGACAAUAUAUUCAAAAUGGCCAACUUGAAAGACUGUCAACGAAUGUCUUAUGAAAAGUUUCAUGAAGUUGCCCUAACAGACAGUUCUCUAAUGGCAUGGUUUGAUGCCUUAGGAACAGUUUUCUAGGCCCUUGGGAAUUAUUGAUAUUUGAAAUUUGAAUUGUGGAUCAGGUGUCAUGUUGUUUUUGUCCACAUGCUGGAAUGACUUGCUGGUUCAGAUCAGAAUGAUGUAACUGUCUCUGGACUAGUGUUUGUGAAACACUGAAUAUACUGUACUUUGCUGUUAAACCGUGGAGACUAGAGGAAGGUUGAAGUUUGUUGACUCCAGUAAAACCUGUCUAAU